AUGGAACUGCUCAAGCUGAACCGGACGGUGCAGGGACCUGGACCCGGGCCAGGGGCUUCCCUGUGCCGCCCAGGUGGCCUCCUUCUGAACGGCAGCAAUACGGGCAACCUCAGCUGCGAGCUCCCUCGCGUCCGCGGAACCGGGACCAGAGAACUGGAGCUUGCCAUUAGAGUCACCCUUUAUGCAGUGAUCUUUCUGAUGAGUGUUGGAGGAAAUGUGCUCAUCAUCGUGGUCCUGGGACUGAGCCGCCGCCUGAGAACUGUCACCAACGCCUUCCUGCUCUCAUUGGCAGUCAGCGACCUCCUGCUAGCUGUGGCUUGUAUGCCCUUCACACUCCUUCCCAAUCUCAUGGGCACAUUCAUUUUUGGCACAGUCAUCUGCAAAGCAGUUUCCUACCUCAUGGGGGUGUCUGUGAGUGUGUCCACGCUAAGCCUUGUGGCCAUUGCCCUGGAAAGGUACAGCGCCAUCUGCCGACCACUGCAGGCACGGGUGUGGCAGACGCGUUCCCACGCGGCUCGUGUGAUCUUAGCCACGUGGCUGCUGUCAGGCCUGCUCAUGGUACCCUACCCUGUGUACACUGCUGUGCAGCCAGUGGGGCCUCGUGUGCUACAGUGCGUGCAUCGCUGGCCCAGUGCACGGGUCCGCCAGACCUGGUCCGUACUGCUGCUCCUGCUCUUGUUCUUUGUCCCGGGUGUGGUUAUGGCUGUGGCCUAUGGGCUUAUCUCCCGAGAGCUCUACUUAGGGCUUCGCUUUGAAGGUGAUGAUGACAGUGAAAGCAAAAACAGGGUCCGAACCCAAGGAGGGCUGCCAGGAGGGGCUGCCCCAGGUCCUGUCCACCAGAAUGGGCAUUGCCAGCCUGAGACUAGCCUGGCCGGUGAGGACAGCGAUGGCUGCUAUGUGCAACUUCCACGUUCCCGGCCUGCACUGGAGCUGACAGCGCUGACGGCACCCACUCCUGGGCCAGGACCUGGACCCCGGCCCACCCAGGCCAAGCUGUUGGCUAAGAAGCGAGUGGUGCGAAUGUUGCUGGUGAUCGUUGUGCUUUUUUUCCUGUGUUGGUUGCCAGUGUAUAGUGCCAACACAUGGCGCGCCUUUGAUGGCCCAGGGGCACACCGGGCACUCUCAGGGGCUCCCAUCUCUUUCAUCCACUUGCUGAGCUAUGCCUCAGCGUGCGUCAACCCCCUGGUCUAUUGCUUCAUGCACCGUCGCUUUCGCCAGGCCUGCCUGGACACAUGUGCCCGCUGCUGUCCUAAACCUCCACGAGCUCGCCCCCGACCUCUUCCCGAUGAGGACCCUCCUACCCCUUCAAUUGCUUCACUGUCCAGGCUGAGCUACACCACCAUCAGUACACUGGGACCUGGCUGA